CAGUAGAGAAAUUUGCUGAGCCGUGCGGACCACUGAUUUAUAUGGUCAAUUGAAUAAUAUAAAUUUGAAUAUUUUAUAAUAACCCCAUUGUGGUGCAAUCUCGCACGUGCCUACGGAGACAAAAUAUUUAAGAAUCCCCCUUCGGAUUCAUUUAUUGCUGUGAUAUCGAGGUCGCAACAUGGUUUAUGAAACGUCAUAUGCUUCUGGGACGAAGCCCUUUUCUCCAGAUCCUAAGCGAGGAAAAUGGGAAAAACCUACCGAUUACAUAUUUGCCUGUUUUGGAUUAGCCUUAAAGUUGGAUAUCUUUGAGAUCUCGUACCAAUACUUUUUUAAUAUUGGUUUUGUUGGCAUGCUACCGUAUUUUUUGUAUAUGGUGAUCUACUUGGUUCCAAUCCUGGUCGUUCAUUCCUACAUGGGACAGUUCUCCAGCAGUGGUUUCAUCACCGCCUUUCGCUUGAGUCCUCUUUUCAAGGGCAUGGGCUAUGUAAGCCUUUUCCUGACCUUCAGCACGCUAAUUUAUUACAGCCGGUUUGCUGCCGUACCACUUCUCUUCAUAAUAAAUUCCUUUCGACCCACUUUGCCUUGGAGUUGCGAAGGAGCAAAGUCUUGGUACAUUCCGAGCGCUGAAACUACAACACUUUGUGAUCCGGAAAUAUACAAAAUGCAUGAAAACUACUCCUUAGUGAUUUUAACACCAUCGUAUCUUUAUUUUAACUACAUUCGUCAUCCUGAUUUUAACAUAACUGAAGGCUUUGAGCUAUCAUGGCCUUUAGUCGGACUAUUUACACUAGCUUGGACUUUGAUUGGAAUUAUUUUUUACAAGUUCUCGGAGCCGGCAAAGUUUGGAAAGUGUAUUCGUUACAUGGUUAUUGCGACCGUGGUUCUAGUUUUAGUGUGCUUUGUGCGCUUCCUAUUUCUUCCUGGAACCCAUUUGCGGCUGUGGAGGUAUAUAACUCCAAGGACAAAAGAUUUUUCAGAAGGACUUUCUUCGACAUAUGUAAUGGCGCUUCAAGCCUUUGGAGCUGGCUGGGGUAGUGUAAUAGCCCUGUCCAGUUUUAAUGGGUUCAAGACUAACAUCAUGUCGUAUAGUUGGAUUAUUUCUUUCGGGCAGAUCUUCAUUUACAUUAUGUUUGGCUUGGUUUCCUUUAUGUUGGAAGAAUAUUUUAGAGAAAUUACCAGAACUAUUAUUUUCCACAAUAUCAUAAAUUUUGGUGUGCUGAUAACGGGUAGUGGAAGUGCCUUGAUCACUUUGGCCUGGCCGAACUUUUGGACGAUUAUUUUCCAUACUAUGAUGCUAUUGACUGCUCUUACUGUCAUUGCAACUCAACUUUUCACAGUGCUGCAAAGUUUAUUUGACGAGUUCGAAAAGCUUAAAGAAAAAAAACAGGAAGUAACUUUUGGCGUAAUUUGUGGUCUUGCAUUUUGUUCCUGUUUCUUUUGCACCGUACACGGCAGUUUUUACUUUGGCGUUAUCGGUACUGAUAUCAUUAUGGCACACAGUGUGCUGCACUUACUGCUUCUUUUGGUGGUUUUGUGGAUUUAUGGCCAAAAACGCUUCCAACGGGAUAUUGAAUUUAUGCUGGGCCAGCCCUUUGCCUACUGGAAGGUUUUUAUACUCCGCUAUACAGCUCCAAUAGUAUUUGUGAUAUUGAUGGUAUACGGCAUAAAAGAAAUCAUGUAUUCUCACUUCUACUACCGUGAAGUGUUCUUUGCACUGGCGAUUAUACUUGUGGGGCUACCCUUUCUGGCAAUACCUGGUUAUGGAUUCUACUACCUAAAAAAUAGCACUGGAACCUUUUCCGAGCGCCUAAAACGCGCAUGUCGACCCACGGAUUGGUAUCCGUCUGAGAUGAAACACCGUCAGCACUACGGGGACCUUAUAGGCCACAUUGAGAUGACCGACCAUCUAUUCGAUGGUACCGAAGAGGUGAACUAGAGGACAUUUGGCAAUAAAUGCAUGUAUAAAUAAAAUAUUUAUUGGGAAUAUACUAUGGAUUGUAAAUAAGAUUGAAUGUUUGAUUCUUGUUCUCUCCAAAUAUCUGUCAACCUGACCUUACUUGGCUCAAAUAGACUAUUGUAUUUUCUAUUUGUACCCUGGUAAAGUGAACGAGUCUUUAAGACCAAUCGCAUUAAACAAUAUAUUUAAUCUUCAUGCGUAAAAAUGUUGUAAAUUUGU